GUUUAUCCAGGAGACGUAAAGUUUUGGCUUGUAGUUCACUGAAUACAGCAAGCAGGCUACUAUUCAGCAGGCUGUAAACAUGUAAUGCAGCCUGCUUUAGGCUACAACCGAUAACCUGACAGUAGACCUAUAGAUUAUAACCCGUGAUGUGGGCUGAAAAACUGGGGAAGCAGUUGGGCAACCCGACACGAUCAGUGGCAGGUUAUCUGGUCAGCAGGUUUCUCGCAGUGCGUAACCGUCUCCUGGAGGAGAAUGCUGUACGGCUGAGCGGGAUCAAACCUGGGGACACAGUGCUCGAGCUGGGGCACGGCCCAGGACUCGGUCUGCAAUCAGCAGCCAAACUCCUCACAGAGCCCUCAGGCCGCCUUAUAGGGGUGGAUUACUCAGAGUAUAUGCAUAAGAUGGCAAGUGAUCAGAUGAAGGAACUUGUGGCGAGUGGGAAAGUGACCCUUCACCACUGCGAUGUAGCAGCAAUGCCUCUGCCAGACAGCUCUGUGGAUAAAGUCUUUCACUGUAACUGCUACUACUUCUGGCCUGACCUCAGGAAAGCAGCGGCAGAGAUAUGCCGGGUAAUGAAACCAGGAGGCCUAAUGGUGACCACACUGAGGCUCUCCAUGGUGGCUACUAUGGCAGCAAAGCGAGUGAUGCCAGGUGAGAACUGGCGCCCGCAGAACUACAUGGCUGCUCUCAGAGACGCUGGCUUCACUGAUGUCAGAAUGGAAGAUAGACAGCACAAACACAUUACUUUUCAGGUUAUCUAUGCCACUGCCUUAAAAUGUCAUGGAAAUCAAAUUAGAAUUUAGAAACUGUAUAGCCGUUUUCACAUAUGCACUCUGGAUAAUAUCUAGAUAUUUACAGGAGGACUUUUCCGGAGAUUCUCCUGAAC